AGCUUUGGUACUUGAUAUUGGCCAAUAUUGCCACCAUUUACACUUCUCUUUCUUUCCCACAUUUCUUGUUUGUGUCUUCUGAAUUCCUCCAUUACCCAAUUCACUCCUCUCGCUGUUUUUUUCUCUCUUUGGAAGUUGGAACAGAAACCUCAUCCUUCAAUUUCUUGACAGGGAAACCAAAGUUUUUAAUUGGGUUGUUUUUUCUUUGUUUCCAUUUAACAUGGAAAAUGGAGGUGGAGCUGUGAGGGCUAAAAGGGCAGAGAUCGACACCAGAAAGCCAUUCCGAUCAGUCAAAGAAGCCGUUACGUUGUUCGGCGACAAGGUUUUGGCCGGAGAACUAUAUACCAACAAGAUUAAGCAGAUGCAUAGGGGAGAGCUUAAAGCUGAAAUGAAGAAUGGGGAGCUGAAGCUGGGGAACGUAGCAGCUGAGUUAGAAGAAACAAAGCAAAGCCUUGAAAAGGCCAAAGAAGAAAGCAUGGUGAUGGCUCAUUGCCUCUCCUCUCUCCAAGAAGAGCUCGAGAACACAAAGAAAGAGCUGCAGCUUCUCAAGGAAGAACGAGAAUCCCAAAUCGAAGAUGUCAAACUUGUAGAUCACUCCGAUUCAAUGGAGUUCCAAAAGAAACGCUACGUCACUUUUGCCAACCCACCCGCCGCCGUCGCUCAGGUCGCCGUUCCGCCACCCGCCGGAGUCGAGAAAUUGGAGAGGCUCUCUUCUCUUAGAAGGGAGAAGAAUAGGAUCAAGAAGACAUUGAUCCCUAUCAUUUCAGCCAUUUUUUCCAAGAAAAAAGGAAACUAAAACACACCCACCGAUUAGAUUUAUGUGAUCCCUUGAGAAAAUAAGCGAAAAUUUUCAAACAGUGAAGUUUGAGGCCAAAAUUUGUAGGUUUAAUUAUGAAGAGAUAUGGUCAUGUGAUA